AUGCUUUCCUAAUGCAUGGUAAACCUAGAAGCCAAAAUCUAUUAGGAACUUCAUCUUCCAAUUUUCAUUUUCUUAGAAACCCUACAAUUUUUCACUACAUGUUGAGUUUUCCCGUGUUUUGGGAAAACACCCCUUUACUGAGGCUAAAGACAACCUCUAUGACCUCCUGUUCGGUGGCAAAAUUCAGCAAAGCUCUGUUGUCAUCCUCGGUGAUCACUGGACUCAGAAAGGAACGGUAAGCAGUGUCGUCUAAAGCACUAGUGUUUCCAUCGUCAUUGAAAAGAUCAGAGAAGUAAUCUACAACAGCAUCGCUAAUAUCAGUAAAGUUCUCAAGUCAAUCAUUAUCGUCAAGUUGGAUCCUAUCAAUUUGGAGCUUACGGUGUUUGGCUUUAAGAGCUGUAACAUAGCGAUGGCAGAGGAGUCGAGGAGGGAUAACAUCAUUCAAGUAUUUGGGAGGCUUCUGCUAAAAUAUCUUAAACCACUCUACCUGUUGAUUUCUCAGGAUUCUGUCUUGAACAACCAACAUCUCAGUCAAACAAGCUUGCUAAAGGUGAUUCUUCAUCUUGGAUCCCUAGCCGAACGCAUUAUAAUGUUCUAUGUCUCAUGUUUGUUACCCUUCUAUAUGCCGAGCCAGUCUGGUUACCUGCCACAGUUUGAAAUGAGGGACGUAGACCUACCUAUGGAUAUCAUCAUUGAAAUACUCUCAAGGUUACCAGUGAAAUCUUUAAUGCGUUUCAAAUGUAUUUCAAAAUCCUUCUGCUCUUUGAUUUGUAAUGAUCCUUACUUAAAAAUGAAUCACCUUAAUCAUGCAUACCGGAGAAUGGCGACUCUUUGGUUUGACUUUAAAACCAAAACUUUGUACUCAUGCUCCAUAUCCAAUUUACUCCCCAAUGAAAGCUUUCGCCAGGAUGUUGUUAAACUUGAUGUUCCAGAUAAGCUUGAAGGAUUGUGUGACAUUUACAGAUCAUGUAACGGCUUGUUCUGUGUGAGAAAUAUUGGUGGAAGUGUCUUCUUAUGGAACCCUCUGACUCAAGAAUUGAAAAAGCUUCCAGAUUGUCCUACUGAUGUUGACGUGUCGACAGAGCCAGUAUUUUUCAAAACAGUCGCAUAUGGAUUAGCUUAUGACCCAGUCUCUGAUGACUACACGGUCUUGAAAAUGGUUUGUUUUAAUGACAUUCAAAAUAAUUUUGGAUCUGAGCUUUACUUAUGUUCAGUUAAAACCUCCUGGAGAAGAAUUGAGGGCUUCCCGUGCGUGGAUUUCGAUUGGUCUGCUCUGAACUUUUUUAAUGGCGCAUUUCAUUGGAUUGCAAGAAAAGUGUCGGGUCGUGGCCCUCGUGUGCUGGUUUCACUUAAUUUAACCACUGAAAAGUACAGCGUUUUUGCAUUGCCACAACAGUCUACACAUUGGAGGUCACCUAGCUUGGCCGUGUUGAAUGGAAAUCUUGCUUUGGGAUUCUUUUGUCAUGGAAACUACACUGUGUUGGUGAUGGAAGAAUAUGGCAACAUUGAAUCUCUAGCAAAAAUAGUUUCUAUUCGUAGUGAUAAGGUGAAUUGUGAUAGUAGUUGCAACCCCUUGUAUCUCUUUGGGGAUGGCAGGAUCAUGUUUCUGAGAAGCUUUAUGACACGUAAGCGAGUAGACAUUUACAUGGAUGGGGAACUAGUUUCCGUAGAUGCUGAUGCUAGUUGGAAUAAAAUGUUUGAUAUUGGGUAUCAUACCUACACAGACACUCUCGUUUCAGCAGACAUUGGCUUGGAGAGCUGAUCAAGAUUAUCAUAUUGGCAGUUCAGCAAUGGAGGGUAAGCGUCACAAACACUUGCCGGCUUCGGUAUUACUACAUCCGUCCCACUAACAUUGGAACAUGAUGAGGUGGUGCGGCUAUUAAUAAAAGUAGGUUUGUGUGAGACAAUCUUUGUGGGAUGGACCAAACAGAAAAGAUGAGACGAUCUUAGCGGGACGGAGGGAGUAAUGGUUAUCUGUUUCUUUCUAAUACUGUGAUGAUGGUUAUUGCUAUGUACUUUUGUCUACUGUUCAUUAUUGGUCGUCACUCAUUUCUUUUUGCUCUUGUUAUAUUUGUACCUAAUUAAGUUGCACAUGAAUAAAAUGCAAAAUCAGCCGCAGACUCUCAUUGCUCCUGUUUUUCUUAGUAAAAAAAGUCAUGGUUGAGACCUACAUAGUUGAAGG